CGCGGCCGCCCGGGAGCUCGUCCAGCCCCGCGCUGCGCUCGCCCGCCCGCCGGCCACCGCCAGCGCCCGUCCGCCUGCCGCCCGCGCUCGCCCCGUCGCCGCCCGCGCCCGUCCCCGCGGCUCUACGGACCGGUCAUAGAUCACAGAAAGUCAGAAGACAAGCACAGAUUUUAUUACCAUGUCGUACAGACGAGAGCUAGAGAAAUACCGGGACCUGGAUGAAGAUGAAAUCCUUGGAGCCCUCACAGAGGAAGAGCUCAGGACCCUGGAAAAUGAGCUGGAUGAGCUGGACCCUGACAAUGCACUGCUGCCUGCAGGCCUGAGGCAGAAGGAUCAGACCACCAAGGCGCCCACAGGCCCCUUUAAAAGGGAGGAGCUCUUGGAUCACUUGGAAAAGCAAGCAAAGGAGUUUAAAGACCGAGAAGAUCUGGUCCCCUACACAGGGGAAAAGAGAGGAAAGGUCUGGGUCCCCAAGCAGAAGCCAAUGGAUCCCGUGCUGGAAAGUGUGACCCUGGAGCCAGAGCUGGAGGAGGCUUUGGCAAACGCCUCAGAUGCAGAACUCUGUGACAUCGCAGCUAUCCUGGGCAUGCACACGCUCAUGAGCAACCAGCAGUACUACCAGGCCUUGGGCAGCAGCUCCAUCGUGAACAAGGAGGGACUCAACAGCGUGAUCAAACCCACACAAUACAAACCUGUGCCUGAUGAAGAGCCAAAUUCAACAGACGUAGAGGAAACCCUGGAGCGGAUAAAGAACAAUGACCCCAAACUUGAGGAGGUUAACCUCAACAACAUCCGGAACAUCCCCAUUCCCACUCUCAAGGCCUAUGCCGAAGCCCUGAAAGAGAACUCAUAUGUGAAGAAGUUCAGCAUUGUGGGAACACGGAGCAAUGACCCCGUGGCACAUGCCCUUGCGGAGAUGCUCAAGGUCAAUAAGGCAUUGAAGACGCUGAACGUGGAAUCCAACUUCAUUUCCGGAGCCGGGAUCCUGCGCCUGGUGGAGGCUCUUCCAUACAACACUUCUCUAGUGGAAUUGAAAAUCGAUAACCAGAGCCAGCCUCUGGGCAACAAAGUAGAAAUGGAGAUUGUGAGCAUGUUGGAAAAGAACGCAACGCUUCUCAAAUUCGGCUACCACUUUACCCAGCAGGGGCCCCGGCUGCGGGCCUCCAACGCCAUGAUGAACAAUAACGACCUUGUGAGGAAGAGGAGGCUCGCAGACUUGACCGGGCCCAUCAUUCCCAAGGUCCGAAGUGGCGUCUAGUGUGUGGCGGGGAGGACGGCGCCUUUGAACUGCACAUGUCCUACUGAUCAUCCGUGCUCUGCAGUGGAAACCAGAAGGCAAAAUGCCGGCACAGAACCCUUUCGGGGUUCAGUUCUUGAUGCACUAAGAUUUAGGUUAACUAAUGGUUGUAGUUGAAAAUUUUAUAAACUAUGGUUAAUGUGAAGUUUUUCUUUAGUCACAGAAGUUCAGUCUGGUUAUUAUUUAAAAACUAAGAAGACCCCAAACCGACAGAUCUUACUGAAGUUGUUCUAGCAGCAGGACUUAGCCCUGGGAGCCCAGUUUUGGUGGCCUCACUGCGUGGUGUUUAUUUUUUUAUUUUUUAUUUUUUUUCUAACUUGAAAAAAGGGUAUUUAGCAUGUGUACCACAGGAACGAACAGCCCACUCUUCCGCAUGGCUGAGACGCAUUAAAAAAUACUUUAUUAUGAAUUUGAUUUUAGUAUUUAGCAAACAGAUCAUCGUUCUCUAUUAACCCUCCUUUAAAUUUGAAGAACCUCAAGAUUAAAGUUGCCAAAUUGAUUCCUGGGUCAGGAACACAAUUCUGCCCUUCAAGAAAGAGAGAUCGAAGCCACAGAGCUCUGCCAGGAAUCCAGGAAUGUGAGAUUCCUUUUGCUGGAUGCGAGGAAAUGAUGAAAAAGCCAAUGGUGAAAUUUCAGGUUUCAAAAACCGUCCUUUCUUUACCAAUCCCAGGCAACAAACAUUUCCCUGAGUGUUCUUUACGAACAUCUGGGAUUUAUUUACAAUUUGAUAUUGGAAUCGGAAAGAAUUUUUUCCUUACUGACUGACAUCCGCAAUGAUGUGAAAACCUAUGGCCAAAUACUUGAAAACACCCUUCCACAUUGCACGGUGGUCCGAUGGCUAACGUGAGGUAAAACACUAGAGAAAUUUCUAGUCCAUCGCGGCUAUGCUUACAGAUUUCAACCAUGUGUCACGACACUCAUUAGACAAGUCACCACUGAUCUCAUGCCUGUAAAGAAAGCCUCUGAAGGCCAACGGUGAAGAAAACCCAGAUAUUAAAGAAUUAGGAAACCCUGGCCAAACCAUCCCAAGAUGAUGAUUCUGAAAAUGUAAUUAUGGUGUUUCUGCCAGAUCCCUUUUUAACAUCAUGUUCAUCUCUUGGGAUCCAGCAAAAAUGUUAAGCCACUAUGCCCUUGUGCCUUUUAAUAUACCACAGUGCCAGUUAAACUAGCAUGUCUGUUGCUUGGGAGUUAUUUUCCUGAGUGAUUCAGCAAAUCUUAUGAUAAACGACAGGCCAAAGAUCUGACAAGCGCGAACCAAGCUGCAGAGCACUGAGCAGAGGCUUUUGACGAGAAAGGAAAAGUCUUGCACACUGAACUGUAAUGACGCGGCCAGUGCAGGGUAACCGGAGGUGCAGCCAGGGCCUCCCCGAGAUGCAAGAGUGUCUACUGAGGCUGCGGGCGGGCCGGGAGUGGCACCACGCUGCUGAGAUGGCCAGCCCCACUAGGCUUCUUGAAACACAACUGCGGCUGCAUUCUGCAUCACUGGAAACUGCAAUAUAAUAUUAAAUCUGUUGGUCUAUGGA